CUAUAUUUGAGUGAAAUUUCAUACCUGCGGUUGCGAAUUUAAAAUUUGUUUGCAUUGUGUGAGUUAAAUUCAACUGCGCAUUUAUUUUUUAUCAAAUUACAAAUGUUUAGGUAAUGAAUGUAAGUGCAAAGCUACAAACCCUAAGCCCUCUUUAUAAGAUCCGCCGCAUCUGAGCACAAGAUCUGAGUACAUAGCAAGAAUUAUGAAGUUCAGCAGAGUUUAGUAGCAAUUUGUUGCAACUAAUUGAGAUAUACUUCCUGUGUUAUAUUCUCUAAAAUGGACACAAACAUGUUCCAAUCAGAUGAUUCAAGGAAAUACUAUUGUCCAAUACUGGGUUUGAAAGUUUUUGUUCUAGAUAUCAACUUGAGAUGCCUUACAGCUGUGCCAAACAUGCUUCAAACCCUUGGAUAUGAAGUUUGUGUGCAGUAUUAGAAGCUUUUACCUUGCUAUGUAAAACCAUGGAUGCCACUGGCUUUGAUACUGAGAAGUGGCAAGGGAAGAUGUGAACAAGUUGAGGGCCAUUGAAUGGAUCUGGAUCUUUUGUUCCACUGCAAAGGAUAGGGAGGGCUUUUGGAAACAAGCAAAAGUUCAAGUAUACUUCCCAAGAAAAUGAAAAAUCUUCAUUACCAACUAAAGAAGUAAAUAGAUAAACAUAACAAAAUUCUACCCAAGUCAGUGAAGAAAAAGAGAAUUAUACAAGAACUUUGACAAUUUGGGUGAAGAUUAGAAGUGAUGACUCCAUACAGAAGUGUUUGAUAUUUGGUUUCUCCUUUAGGUGUAUUAAACUCCAUUUUACUUUGUAGUGAAAUAUCAUCCACAUAAUAGAUGGAUGUAUCCUCACUGAAAAUUUUUCCAUCAAUAGCAUUUUCAGCCCUUUGGUCCCCACUAACAUUGUUCAUAAAUUCACCAGAGUCAGAUGUGUAGCGUGAAACACCAUAUGGUUCAUUCUGUAGACAGAAUUGAUUUUUCCCAAAAGUCGAUGUCUGAUCACUUGAAUUUAGGAAAUCAUGUAAAGAGUUACGUUGAGAAUGCUUAUGCAUGCAAUCAUAGAUAAGAACAUAACGGUUUUGCAAUUGAUGCCUUUUUCCGGCCAUCAUUGACAGUCUGGGACAGAUGCUGCGACUUCAUAUUCAAAUCAGAUGAAUUUAUAUUGCUGUGUUGUUGAAUUGGGUUGGCUUGUCCCAAAUAUUGCAGAAACAGAUAAAUAUAAAAAUACAUAUACAUCAUGAUUCAAGUACAACAUCAUAAUGCUCAAUCAAGUGGAGACAAACUAACAGUGUAUUGAAACAUAAGUUGCAAAUCUAGAAAUAGAGUAUGACAAUUUGAGAGAGAAAAAAAGAGAGUAUGCUUAUGUAAAUAAGCACAACUAACUUUCAAGUAUUGGCUGCAUAUUUUGAAACACCUUGAUGUAGGCUGCAGCAGUAAGGUUUCAGUCAUAUGACUUGGUGAUCAUGGAUUCGAUAACAGAAAUAAAGUCUUCACUCUCAGGCCAUAAUAUAAGGCUCAACAUACGUAAAAGGAAAUUUAUUAAAAAGAACAAACCUGGAAAUGGCUUUCAAUGUUCUGUAUUUCAAAUCUUGGCACAGCCCUAAGCUGAUUUGUUUGACUUGGAGAAGUGUUACUCUUAUAGCUAAUAGCUACAGCAAAAAUGACAAAUAAAUAAAUAAACUCAAGUCCAAACUUACCACUGGUUCCAGCCAAUUCAGCACCUCCGAAGAACUUCAUAGGUAUUAAAUGCAAGUGCAAAGCUACAAACCCUAAGCCUUCUUUAUAAGAUCCGCCGCAUCGGCUCUUUUGCUUGAGCACAAGAUCUGAGUACCUAGAAAGAAUUAUCAAGUUCAGCAGAGUUUAGUAGCAAUUUGUUGCAACAAAUUGAGAUAUACUUCCUGUGUUAUAUUCUCUAAAAUGGACACAAACAUGUUCCAAUCAGAUGAUUCAAGGAAAUACUAUUGUCCAGUACUGGGUUUGAAAGUUUUUGUUCAAGAUAGCAACUUGAGAUGCCUUACAGCUGUGUCAAACAUUCUUCAAGCCCUUGGAUAUGAAGUUAUGACUGCUAAUAAUUCCAUAGAGCUGUUUGAAUCUGAAUUGCAUUUACAAAAGCCAGUUAAGAUUUCUAAUCUAAGCAGUUUGUGGAAAUAUGCAUUGUGGAGGAUGGAAGACAAAAUGGUGAUAACUGCAGAUGUAGAGGGCUUUGGGAGGCUUGAGUCAGAGGAAAUUAUUGCAAAUAACAAUAGAGAAUGUCAGUCAUUCAUGAACACUGGAGGGCAGACUCUCCAAAGUGUCAUAAUAAGAGAACAUAAUCAUACAAGAGGGGGGAAAGAAAGUGAAUCAUUAAUCCUAGAUAGGAAAAGGCUUAGUCGGACUUAUGAUUCACCUAUGAAGUUCUUCGGAGGUGCUGAAUUGGCUGGAACCAGUGCUUCUCCAAGUCAAACAAAUCAGCUUAGGGCUGUGCCAAGAUUUGAAAUACAGAACAUUGAAAGCCAUUUUCAGCAAUAUUUGGGACAAGCCAAUCCAAUUCAACAACACAACAAUAUAAAUUCAUCUGAUUUGAAUAUGAAAUCGCAACAUUUGUCUCAGACUAUGAAUGAUAGCAGGAAAAUGCAUCAAUUGCAAAACCAUCAUGUUGAUAUCUGUGAUUGCAUGCAUAAACAUUCUCAAAGUAAUCCUUUACAUGAUUUCCUAAAUUCAAGUGAUCAGACAUCGAAUUUUGGGAAAAAUAAAUUUUGUCUACAUAAUGAACCAUACGGUGUUUCACGCUACACAUCUGACUCCGGUGAAUCUAUGAACAAUGUUAGUGGGGGCCAAAGGCCUGAAAAUGCUAUUGAUGGAAAAGUUAUCAGUGAGGAUACAUGCAUCUAUUGUGUGGAUGAUAUUUCAGUACAAAGUGAAAUGGAGUUUAAUACACUUUCAUCCAAUGACAUGUGCCACCAAUUUUCACCAUCACUUCCUGAUCCUCUUCUACCAUCAGAAGGAAAACAUGGCAUUUAUGAUGCCAAAGCAGAUGAAAUUCUUUAUCCUCCAAAUGGAACUCAGGAGUUUAGUGAUGAGGAUGUAAAUACCUGCUUAUCAAUGUAUAAUAAUCCCUGAAAAUUGCUGAAUGGUGCUGUUGCUUUAAGUUGUGGAGGGCUUUGUGGAGAGCUUCAAGAAAAUAGAGUUCAUAUAAUGAUUUGUGGUGUUUUUUUGUCCUUUUAUAUUUGUACUUUUGUCUUGUCUGAUUCUCAUUUGAGUAUGGUUGACAGUGUUUCUGGGCUUGACUAAUAGACUGAUUAUUUUUAAUAACAAACAUGUUUUUAUUAUCUUGAA